CGUAUGAGGUUUGGUGCUACUGCUGCCCCGGAGUGAAAGUCAGAGCCAGAGGAAGGCAAUGGAGCCCCCACGGACACACUUACCUUUCCUGCCCCCCACUUUUGAGUGCCUUCCCUGGAGCUGUGGAGGAUGACACAAAGGGAUUUGAGUUAGUCAAAAUGAACAAUCGUAAAACGAGAAGUAACAGCAUAAUACAUGCAGAGUGUUUUUCACAGGUGCAAAGAAUUUUACGUGAAAGAUUUUGUCAUCAGAGUCCACAUAGCAACCUAUUUGGAGUACAAGUACAGUAUAAGCAUUUAAUCGAGCUACUCAAAAGAACUGCUAUCUAUGGAGAAAGUAACUCUGUACUUAUUGUUGGACCACGAGGAUCAGGAAAGACCAUGUUAUUAAAUCAUGCUUUGAAAGAACUCAUGGAAAUAAGAGAAGUGAGUGAAAAUGUGUUACAAGUUCACCUAAAUGGACUGCUGCAGAUAAAUGAUAAAAUUGCUCUGAAGGAGAUCACAAGGCAAUUAAAUCUAGAAAAUGUAGUUGGAGAUAAAGUUUUUGGCAGCUUUGCCGAAAACCUUUCAUUUCUUCUGGAAGCUUUAAAAAAAGGUGACCGGACCAGCAGUUGCCCAGUAAUCUUCAUACUGGAUGAAUUUGAUCUUUUUGCUCAUCAGAAAAACCAAACACUCCUUUAUAAUCUUUUUGACAUUUCUCAAUCUGCACAGACACCAGUAGCAGUUAUUGGCCUUACAUGUAGAUUGGACAUUUUGGAACUCUUGGAAAAAAGAGUAAAGUCCCGGUUUUCUCACCGGCAGAUACAUUUAAUGAAUUCAUUUGGUUUUCCACAAUAUGUGAAAAUAUUUAAAGAGCAACUAUCUCUACCUGAAGAAUUUCCAGAUAAGGUUUUUGCUGAGAGCUGGAAUGAGAAUGUUCAGUCUCUCUCAGAAGACUCAACUGUGCGUGAAGUUCUACAGAAACAUUUCAAUGUCAACAAAAACUUGAGAUCAUUACAUAUGCUAUUGAUGCUUGCUUUAAAUCGAGUAACCGUAUCACACCCAUUUAUAACUUCAGCAGAUCUGAUGGAGGCACAGCACUUGUGUAGCUUGGAUUCUAAAGCAAGUAUUGUACAUGGUCUUUCAGUCUUGGAAAUCUGUCUUAUAAUAGCAAUGAAACAUUUAAAUGACAUCUAUGAAGAGGAGCCCUUUAAUUUUCAAAUGGUGUAUAAUGAGUUUCAGAAAUUUAUUCAAAGAAAGGCCCAUUCUGUUUAUAACUUUGAGAAACCUGUGGUCAUGAAGGCGUUUGAGCACUUACAACAAUUGGAAUUAGUAAAACCCAUGGAAAGAACUUCAGUAAAUUCUCAGAGAGAAUACCAGCUAGUGAAACUACUAUUGGAUAAUACUCAAAUUAUGAAUGCUCUACAGAAAUACUCCAACUGCCCUACAGACGUUAGGCAAUGGGCAACAUCCUCACUAAACUGGCUGUGAACAUUUUAAGUACAUUUCUAUAACGACUUGAAAGUUACUGUCUUUAACAAGAUAUGUUACUACAUUCCUUUCCUUAUAAAUAUUGUUUAUGGAAACUUACACUUACUAUGUUGACUAUGUGUUGAAUUGUGACUACACAUCUACACAAUUUCAUUGAUUUAAAUUGUACUACAGAAUAGCAGUUCAAAAGAAUAAAAUGUGAUUUUUACUGAUGGUCCA